UCUUUUUUGAUUUUCUUUUUGUUUCCUGAGCCCACGCCCUCGACCAUCUCCGUUUGGUUCCGUCGACUUCAGUCAACUUUGGCGAAAGCUGGAUUGGCCACCCACGCUCUUGUCAACGCACUCAGUCGAUAUAUUGGUUUCGAAUGCUUGGCAUACGCUUGGUCUCGAACUUGGUCGUUAUGGUCGCUUCUGGUUCAUCGGCUCAACGUGGUUUCGUCCUACGUCUGCAGCGUUUCUGGUGCGCACUCCUACGAACGCCCUCUUCAGAUUCUGGAUACAAACCACUCUGGUGUAGCAUGCCAACUCAAGCAAUAAAUACAACACAUCGCUCCUGGUACCGUUCUCCGAAAACGACCUUCGUUGGCAACUCGACGAUUAACGAUCGCUUUCCUGUUCGCCAAUUCUUCCGUCCUACAAUCGCUCGUCAGCCGAUCAGUCCCACGAUUCAAACCGCUAUUUAUCGAAAGUGUAAACCCUUUCUAGCGGGGGCUCCUGUAGUGACUCACGUUUAUCACGAGAACACGACUGGUUUAAUAAAAACAAUUAUUAUUAUAACCAACUGUACCAGUGUUUGUUUUAACGUGCUUUUGUUUGACUGUGCUAAUGACAGCUAUUUUGUGCUUCCGUUCUUUUACACACACUUCGAUUGUAACUUCGCGCGAAUUCGGUUACCUUCUGUAACCAAGCUUGUAUCCUGGCACGAUCUCGGUAUCCUUUCGAUGCCACGAGAUCGCCAGCAAAUAAACAUCGACUUGGUCCAUUAAUUGCCUUCUGGUAUUUGGCUUCUCGGGGAUUUUAUGGAGUCAUUUGGAACGAGCUUCUUACGCCUUCUGAUCUAUUUGGCACGUGUUUCUUGGUAGCGGUGUUCAUAGUUAAUCUCAACUCGACGCCACGCUACAAUUGGUGAUCCCAAAGUUUGGGACACGCGACAAUUGGUGACCCGUAUUUUGGAACACGCCUCUGCUUCUGGUCAAAUCUUCCAAAGAAGCCAAUUCGGUGAGUCUAUGAUUUAUCUAUCCACGUCUGUCGUAUAUUUUCAUAUUUAAUAUAUAAUAUACUCGACAUGACGGAUAACGAUAAGAAUAGUAUUAAUAUAAUAGACUCCCAUUUAUGUGUACCGAACUCUUGUUACUUUUUAUUCGCGUGACGAUGAAUUCCACGCUUUAUUCGAGAAAUUUUCCCCAUUAACUAUUCUCCUCGCUGACCCGGCUGCUUGGUACGGAAUGCAUUCGCAUACGCAUUAACGUCUACCUCCCAGCAUCAAAUGGUUAAGUUGAACGGUUUCAUUGCCAACUUAAAAGUGCUCUACGAGCACACGAGAACGACAACUGGUAUGAAACCUUAUCGCUCGUCCCCUUAGGUAUUCGAACGAGCUUGAAGGCAGAUAUACAAUGUUCCGCCGCUGAACUGGUAUACGGCACGACAUUGCGUCUGCCCGGAGAAUUCACACCACGGAGCAGACCUAAUUUCGGUAAAUCAGACUACGUCCAUCGACUGUCUGCAUUUAUGCGAACGCUGUCUCCGGUGUCAACUCGAAUACAACAUCGACAGGUCGCUCUCUCUCGAGAGUUAUCUACCUGUUCACAUGUCUUUGUACGAGUAGAUUCGGUACGCAAACCUUUGCAACAACCUUACGAAGGCCCUUUUCGCGUGAUCGCUCGUCACGAAAAGACCUUCAAGGUUGAUCGACACGGCCGCGUCGAGAUCGUCAGCAUUGAUCGUCUCAAACCAGCACACGUCGAUGACAGUGCCCUAUCUGAUAACCUGAGAUUCAAUGCUAGACCAAGCAAACCUACUAGCGGGAUCCUCAAACCAUCUUCAGGUCCCACGCUAGAUACACCUGAGACCUCACUCUCACGUCCCAGUCAACAGCACGCGUCAUCUGCACCGUCUACGGACGAGACGACAGUCUCACGUCCAGAUCAGCAGACCACGCCGCCCUUGACUUCGGAUGAGAUUGCAGGCUCACGCGACGCGAACGAGACUGCCGUCUCACGUUCCGGUCGCCGAGUACGUUUACCCGUACGCUUCCUCGACUAGUCGCACAGUCGACAACCGAUACGGUGUAGGAAUAUUCCUAUGCUACUUGCAUGCUACACUCUUCUCUUUUUGAUUUUCUUUUUGUUUCCUGAGCCCACGCCCUCGACCAUCUCCGUUUGGUUCCGUCGACUUCAGUCAACUUUGGCGAAAGCUGGAUUGGCCACCCACGCUCUUGUCAACGCACUCAGUCGAUAUAUUGGUUUCGAAUGCUUGGCAUACGCUUGGUCUCGAACUUGGUCGUUAUGGUCGCUUCUGGUUCAUCGGCUCAACGUGGUUUCGUCCUACGUCUGCAGCGUUUCUGGUGCGCACUCCUACGAACGCCCUCUUCAGAUUCUGGAUACAAACCACUCUGGUGUAGCAUGCCAACUCAAGCAAUAAAUACAACACAUCGCUCCUGGUACCGUUCUCCGAAAACGACCUUCGUUGGCAACUCGACGAUUAACGAUCGCUUUCCUGUUCGCCAAUUCUUCCGUCCUACAAUCGCUCGUCAGCCGAUCAGUCCCACGAUUCAAACCGCUAUUUAUCGAAAGUGUAAACCCUUUCUAGCGGGGGCUCCUGUAGUGACUCACGUUUAUCACGAGAACACGACUGGUUUAAUAAAAACAAUUAUUAUUAUAACCAACUGUACCAGUGUUUGUUUUAACGUGCUUUUGUUUGACUGUGCUAAUGACAGCUAUUUUGUGCUUCCGUUCUUUUACACACUUCGAUUGUAACUUCGCGCGAAUUCGGUUACCUUCUGUAACCAAGCUUGUAUCCUGGCACGAUCUCGGUAUCCUUUCGAUGCCACGAGAUCGCCAGCAAAUAAACAUCGACUUGGUCCAUUAAUUGCCUUCUGGUAUUUGGCUUCUCGGGGAUUUUAUGGAGUCAUUUGGAACGAGCUUCUUACGCCUUCUGAUCUAUUUGGCACGUGUUUCUUGGUAGCGGUGUUCAUAGUUAAUCUCAACUCGACGCCACGCUACAAUUGGUGAUCCCAAAGUUUGGGACACGCGACAAUUGGUGACCCGUAUUUUGGAACACGCCUCUGCUUCUGGUCAAAUCUUCCAAAGAAGCCAAUUCGGUGAGUCUAUGAUUUAUCUAUCCACGUCUGUCGUAUAUUUUCAUAUUUAAUAUAUAAUAUACUCGACAUGACGGAUAACGAUAAGAAUAGUAUUAAUAUAAUAGACUCCCAUUUAUGUGUACCGAACUCUUGUUACUUUUUAUUCGCGUGACGAUGAAUUCCACGCUUUAUUCGAGAAAUUUUCCCCUAUUAACUAUUCUCCUCGCUGACCCGGCUGCUUGGUACGGAAUGCAUUCGCAUACGCAUUAACGUCUACCUCCCAGCAUCAAAUGGUUAAGUUGAACGGUUUCAUUGCCAACUUAAAAGUGCUCUACGAGCACACGAGAACGACAACUGGUAUGAAACCUUAUCGCUCGUCCCCUUAGGUAUUCGAACGAGCUUGAAGGCAGAUAUACAAUGUUCCGCCGCUGAACUGGUAUACGGCACGACAUUGCGUCUGCCCGGAGAAUUCACACCACGGAGCAGACCUAAUUUCGGUAAAUCAGACUACGUCCGUCGACUGUCUGCAUUUAUGCGAACGCUGUCUCCGGUGUCAACUCGAAUACAACAUCGACAGGUCGCUCUCUCUCGAGAGUUAUCUACCUGUUCACAUGUCUUUGUACGAGUAGAUUCGGUACGCAAACCUUUGCAACAACCUUACGAAGGCCCUUUUCGCGUGAUCGCUCGUCACGAAAAGACCUUCAAGGUUGAUCGACACGGCCGCGUCGAGAUCGUCAGCAUUGAUCGUCUCAAACCAGCACACGUCGAUGACAGUGCCCUAUCUGAUAACCUGAGAUUCAAUGCUAGACCAAGCAAACCUACUAGCGCGAUCCUCAAACCAUCUUCAGGUCCCACGCUAGAUACACCUGAGACCUCACUCUCACGUCCCAGUCAACAGCACGCGUCAUCUGCACCGUCUACGGACGAGACGACAGUCUCACGUCCAGAUCAGCAGACCACGCCGCCCUUGACUUCGGAUGAGAUUGCAGGCUCACGCGACGCGAACGAGACUGCCGUCUCACGUUCCGGUCGCCGAGUACGUUUACCCGUACGCUUCCUCGACUAGUCGCACAGUCGACAACCGAUACGGUGUAGGAAUAUUCCUAUGCUACUUGCAUGCUACACUCUUCUCUUUUUUGAUUUUCUUUUUGUUUCCUGAGCCCACGCCCUCGACCAUCUCCGUUUGGUUCCGUCGACUUCAGUCAACUUUGGCGAAAGCUGAAUUGGCCACCCACGCUCUUGUCAACGCACUCAGUCGAUAUAUUGGUUUCGAAUGCUUGGCAUACGCUUGGUCUCGAACUUGGCCGUCAUGGUCGCUUCUGGUUCAUCGGCUCAACGUGGUUUCGUCCUACGUCUGCAGCGUUUCUGGUGCGCACUCCUACGAACGCCCUCUUCAGAUUCUGGAUACAAACCACUCUGGUGUAGCAUGCCAACUCAAGCAAUAAAUACAACACAUCGCUCCUGGUACCGUUCUCCGAAAACGACCUUCGUUGGCAACUCGACGAUUAACGAUCGCUUUCCUGUUCGCCAAUUCUUCCGUCCUACAAUCGCUCGUCAGCCGAUCAGUCCCACGAUUCAAACCGCUAUUUAUCGAAAGUGUAAACCCUUUCUAGCGGGGGCUCCUGUAGUGACUCACGUUUAUCACGAGAACACGACUGGUUUAAUAAAAACAAUUAUUAUUAUAACCAACUGUACCAGUGUUUGUUUUAACGUGCUUUUGUUUGACUGUGCUAAUGACAGCUAUUUUGUGCUUCCGUUCUUUUUACACACACUUCGAUUGUAACUUCGCGCGAAUUCGGUUACCUUCUGUAACCAAGCUUGUAUCCUGGCACGAUCUCGGUAUCCUUUCGAUGCCACGAGAUCGCCAGCAAAUAAACAUCGACUUGGUCCAUUAAUUGCCUUCUGGUAUUUGGCUUCUCGGGGAUUUUAUGGAGUCAUUUGGAACGAGCUUCUUACGCCUUCUGAUCUAUUUGGCACGUGUUUCUUGGUAGCGGUGUUCAUAGUUAAUCUCAACUCGACGCCACGCUACAA